AUGGAUUCUCAUCAUUUCUCAAAUGUUAGAGUAUACCUUGUUUAGGUGGAGAUGGGAUAGAAAACUGGUGGAUUAUUUUUCAUCUCAUUAAGAGGCUCACUGUCUUGGAUUGGAACUGGAAUUGUGAUAUUACUUUGAAUCAAACAGUGGAAGUCUCUGGAACCUCGGAAUUUCUUAAUACUUAACAUAUCUGAUGCUAGAAUUGCAUUUAUUGUAUUUGAGUACUCUCAUGGAAUUCUUUAAAUUUAUAUGUUCAAGAAUGAAGGCUAUCUGAUGCAAACACUGCAGACAUGUAAGGUGGAUGGAUUCUUGAUCCUGUUAUUUGGCCUCAUCAGUAUCAUCAAAGUAUGUCAGCCUCAGUAUGCUCAUCACAUCAGCAAGCAUAAGCUUGGCUUUGUCAUAGCUGCAGUCUGGGUUUUUUGUUUUUUUGUUUUUUUUUUCCUCCUUGUUCUGGGCUGGCGUACUUCUCCUGAACUGGGGCAGUUAGAAAGAUGUGGAAAAUGUGAAACUAACUGGAACCAAAGCACAAUUUCUGUGCCGUUCAAACUUUACAUCAUCAGCAUUUUCUUCUUUAACUACUUUGUGCUGAUAAUGUUCACAGAGAUCAUGCGUAUGUCACAUUCAACCAUACCUUCCUGUUGGCCUCAUCCCCAUAUAGUCAUCAUCUUGUGGUCUGCCUGGGGCUACCAAGUACACCCAGUCAAUGGUAUUCUGGCUAGCCUCUUUGCUAAGUCAACAAGUUUCCACAAUCCUUUCAUUUAUAUUGGCACAAGCUUCAAGUUCCGGAAGGAUCUCCAGGCUCUGUUUUGCUGCUUGAAGCCCAGUGCAGCUCCAAGCACUUCCCCACAAAUGCCACUCAUAGUGCUACCUGAAGAUGUGCAGCUUCAUCUGGACUACUUUAUGGAGAUGAUACCAGAAAAGGGUAUAAUGAAGAUGCCAAUGACUGAGCCCAAGAGGAGAACAAGAAGAACAAGUCAUGAGAGUGCCCCUUUCAUGGCCAGUUCUGAAGAAAAACGGCAACUCUUGAAGACUAUGAACUUUUUUCCAACUGACCACACAACUGCAUAUAAAUCAACUCCUACACAGUGUGGUGUUGACCAGAUGAUAUUCACAUUAAGUGAUCAUAUUAUCUUUUGUACUUUCAUCACAGAAAUGACAAUUUAGAGAUUAUAGAGAGUCUAUUCAGUGAUCCAGGAAACCAAAUUGUACACAGAUUUUCACAGCCCUGAAUAGCAGGUGGGCGCAGGUUAUCUAUAAUCUGAAAAGAAAUGUGCUAGUUACAUUAUCUACACGAUCAUUUAUAAUUAAUGUGGAAUAAUUUGAGCUUAUUAAACAGAUGGCUGCCAGACAGUUAGCACUUAGAAGGUAUGUGUAACCAGGACAGCUGUCUAUUCUGCUCCAGAUGCCAUGAA